AGUCACUAUUGUCAUAAGUCAUUAGUGGCUAUUUUUAUUUAUUUUUGACGUCAAUUUUGAAUGUUGGAAUAAUUUCCACAUUAUUUUUACUGUAAUUUCAAAAUAUUGCCAGAAAAACACCUUAUUUUCGGGUUAAAAAAGUUCUUAGUUAUUAUGUUAAUAAAUUAAAUUAGCCAAAUGUCUGCAGAUCCAAAGGUAAACACCAAGCAGAUUCAAAAAAAUUCUGCACUCAAAAAAUGUUUCCAAGCCAUCGUUGAUCGAAAGAAAGUAAAUAUCAACAUGCUGACUCUAAAAAAAAUGUUGGAGCACGAGCUUCGAUUGGACAUGAGAUCCGUUCAAAAGGAUCUAAAGAGCAUCUUACCACUUAUGCUUGUAAUUUACAUUCGCAACUGGCCCGGAUGGCAGAGGAGCGUCGAUUAUUUCACAGGGAAUUUAACUUUUCGCGAUUGGUUCGUCAAAUUCAGGCAUUACGUUACGCUGAAGUUGCACUCAAUUAUAUGCAACGGUUAUAAAAAGGCGUUGGAAGAGAUCGCAGCAGAGAAAUUACAACAGCCAGAUAAAUCUACCCAUAUUGAAGAAAUACCUUCCGAUAGCAUUGCUCCUUUCUGCUUGUCUGUGGAGUACUCACCGAAUACUGUCGAUUUAGUGUUUACCAGAAAGAGAGAUACUGUAUUUUUGAAACUACAUGCAAAUGAUACAGGUCACUUUAAGCCCAGUUUCAAACAACUUUUAAACUGGCCCUAUGUAGGAGUGGAGUUUGUAACGCCUGAUUUAUCGUUUGUUCGGUUCAACGAAUUUGAGAUAGACCGGUUCAUCCAUUUAAAUGCACCUAAAACAACAUGUGAUCGUCGCGAAGUAAUCGAAGAAUUGGAAAUCAUCAACACGUCAGCAGGCCAAACAACUUUCAGUUUAAACGUAUUAUGGGCAUACAUUUUUCAAUACAUGAGUCUCAUGAGAAGUUAUGUAAUUAUGGAGAACAAAGAGUAUUUGGACAGGCUGGAAUAUUUGUUUGAGGAAUUUUUAAAGGACAUAGACGAAUGGGAUAUGAAUUAUUCCAUAGCUUCCAAUACUUCAGUACUCUUCAAUAUAGGGAACCAAACGUACGAACGGAACAAAGUGCUACUAGACGAGGUCGGAUGCCGUCCAAACGCAUCCGAGAUAACCUUUAAGGAAACGAUCAUUCCUAAAAUAAAAACUCGAUUAUUAUAUUUUAAGGAUACCAUGGACGAUUCAGUCGCUGAAGAUAUAUCUUUCACGUUUCUGAACGAUGCGAACAAGCGGCUCGAAAACAAAGAGAUUAGUAUCGCGAAGAUUUUUCCCUAUCUCACUUUCCAUUGCUUGCUUUGCCACGUCAACUACAACAAUUCCAACGAGUUAGCGGAACACAUAGCAAGCCAACACGUUCGCGAAUCUAAUGUGACUUGCUCUGAGUGCCAAAAGCCCUUCGAAGUCGAAACGUUGGCGCUCAAUCGUUGGAAACACGAUUGCAAUAUUUCAUCGACUAAAGACUGACAAUGCUAACAACAAGAGAUAAGGGCCCGUAUUCAGCGCUCCACUUUAACCUUAAACACGGCUUUGGACGGUCACGUUAACGUAAACAAAAAAUUCAAAAAUUCAUAGUUAUUCCAUAACAACAAUGGACAAAUGUUUUUAACUUUUAAAAUGAGGGGCUGAAUACGGGCCAUUGUUACUAAUACAAAUUUUACCUAAUUGAUAAGUAUUCAACUCAACAAUAGGCGAUAAUUCAACACCGCUAAAUUUCAAUUAGCAUUUUUUUAGAGAAAAUAGACCUGAUCUUAAAGAAGCUGACGCGUUGUAAUAUAUCUUUGGAAACUUUAUACCGAGCGGCCACCUUGGAGCCCUGCGUUCCUUCAGUCGAUUCAUCGCGUCGAAGCCACGCCUUUCCUCAGUUCGACUGAUUCUCUCUUUCUAAUGCUUGUACCGCUCGAACUGGGACGAUCGGUAUUAUACAUAUAUUUGUUUUUUAUUGCCGGUAUAUUUAAUGGCCCGUAUUCAGCGCCUCAGUUUAACUUUAGAGUGACUCUAAAGUCGCAAUUUUAACUUGACAGAUUUACAUUGUUGUUAUGGAGUAACUAUAGGGACUCGAGACGCGACUUAAGAAUCACUCUAAGGUUAAAUAGAGGCGCUGAAUACGGGCCAUUGUCAAUAAAUAAUAAGUUAA